GAGUGCUCUCAUUCCUUUGCGCCCAACCACCCCAAACCCUAGUACAACCUCUCCUCCGCUCUCCACCUCCCGAACUCUCUCGAACCUUCUUUGAUCUCUCAAUUCCGCCCUCCCACACUCCCCGCUCCCACUCCAAUUCCACCAAUUCAACCUCCUAUACUUCCAUUCAAGCUUUGCUUUGAAUCCCCGUCGCGUUCUGCAAUUCACUGGUUUGCUGCUGCUGAAGCUGUGGAGAGGAUCGAGUUGCAGAGGGGAAAAGAGGGUUUGAAUUUUAGCACUUGGCUUUUGUGAUCUGAAGUAGAAACAACAGGAACUUUGCUAUCCAUGUUAGAGUUGAUGGUAGUGUGUUGCUUCAAUAGACACUAACACAUGGAUCCUGAAGGCAAGAAGUUUGGAGGAGGACCUAGGGAACUUACCGGUGCUGUUGAUCUUAUAAGUCACUUCAAGUUGUUGCCUCACCAUGAGUUCUUCUGCAAGAGACCUCUUCCUUUGUCAAUUUCAGACACACAUUAUCUCCAUAAUGUGGUAGGUGAAACAGAAAUCAGGAAAGGAGAAGGGAUGCAAUUGGACCAGCUUCUUCAGAAUACAUCAUGUGCUAAUACCCGUAUACAGCCUUUUGAUCUAGAUGUUCUCAGAGAAGCUUUCCAGUUGAGGGAAACUGGUCCUGUUGAUCUGCCUCCUGGAGAGAAAGGGAUUCCUACAAUUGCUGGGAAAUCAAAAGGCGAAUCCAAAGAUAAGGAGAAGAAGCACAAAAAGCAUAAAGACAGAGAUAAGGACAAGGAAAAAGAGCAUAAGAAGCACAAACAUCGUCAUAAAGAUAAAGAUCGAAGUAAAGACAAAGACAAGGAAAAGAAGAAGGACAAAGAAGUGGGAGCUGACCACUCAAAGAAGCACCAUGAAAAGAAAAGGAAGCAUGAUGGAGAUGAAGAUCUUAAUGAUGUUCACAGACACAAAAAAAGUAAGCAUAAAAGCUCAAAAAUUGAUGAAGUCGGUGCAAUAAAAGUAGUAGGAUGAAAUGUUGGCAUUCUACGGUUCAUUUGUUGUAGAGAGUUAGGGGGGAUUCAAUUUAAGUUGCCAAAAUUGCUUGAGAGUAGCUUGUAAAAUGAUCAAGGAUGUAGAGAAGAUGGAAAUCCACCCAUUGGUGGAUAUUUUGUUCAAGGUAAAAGUCACUGAAAAUGAACUUCUUUGUAUGAUAACAUUUGGGCUAAUAUAAUUGCCAGUAGCAUAAAAAACGUUGAUGUUUCCUUUUUUAAUCAUUUUCGUAGUUUUUUUAGCUCAUUGGCAGACUCCACCUGUACACAGUUUGUAGUGUCUUUUAGAAGUCCAAAGCCUAAUUCUGAAAUCACUUGGAACCCAACACUCUGCAACUUUUAAUGGUAGAAAGAAUGGGAAGAGAUGGGAUUUCUUGAAUUAUUUCCAUUUGUUCCCUUGACAUCUAAUGAUUUACGAGAGUUGUGAGGCACGGAUUAUCCGAUGAAUCAUGAAAUCCUAAUCCCAAGCUUUCUUCCUAAGAUGUUCUCUUUGUACAUAGAAUGAAAGACAAAAAGGUAUUUUUGGUAUGGUACUGAAAUUAUAAAAACGCCCCUAAUAAAGUGCACUUUAUUUUAAUUUAAGUUUUGGGAAUGAAAUAGUUCAGAAAGUUAUUUUGGAUAGGGUACUAAAAUUAUAAAAACAGCCUUAAUAAAGUGCACUUUAUUUUAGUUCAUUAGUAAUGUUUGAGUAAUUUUAGUACUUAGACUCUAUUAUCUUUAUUCAGUCUGUAUUAAUAAACCGUGAAUUUGGCUGUUUUGUACUGCAAUCAGCUGUCAUAUCAUGUUGCUAAGUUAGUGGGAAGAAAUGGAAUUCAAUUCA